UUUCUCUCCUUGGUGAGUGACGGACAGCUAUUUCCCCAGAGCCUGAUGCUGGAUGGCCAAGCCCCCAUGGAGGCUCAGUAUGCAGAGGAGAGUCCAGGAUCCUGGAUCUUCAGAGCAGAGCCAGGAGACCCACUGCGGAGGCCCGAGGCCCAGCAGCAACCCAUCUCUUGGGCAGGGCGCUGGUGCACAGGGCGGCGCGGCUGGGCGGCGUUCGGAGCCCUGGCGUUGCUGGCUGGUGCAAGCAUUGGCUCCUGGCUUCUAGCGCUGUAUCUGUGGCCGGCUGCCCCUCAGCCUGUUCCCGGGACCCUGCAGGAUGAGGAUAUGAGCUUAAACUGCUCGGAGGCCAGCGAUGAGGAAGCCCUGCUCCCCUCGCUUCCCAGAGCAGUGUCUUUCAGAAUAAACACCGAGGACUUCUUGCUGGAAGUGCAGGUGAGGGCCCGGCCAGACUGGCUCCUGGUCUGCCAUGAGGGCUGGAGCUCUGCCCUGGGGGUACGGAUCUGCCGGAGCCUUGGCCAUCUCAGACUCACAGACCACAAGGCAGUGAACCUGUCUGACAUCAGGCUCAACAGCUCCAGGCAGUUUGCUCAGCUCUCUCCUAGACUGGGAGGCCUCCCGGAGGAGGUGUGGCAGCCCAGGGGCAGCUGUACUUCUGGUCAAAUUGUUUCCCUCAGAUGCUCUGAGUGUGGGACCAGGCCCCUGGCUUCUCAGAUAGUGGGCGGGCAGGCGGUGGCUCCCGGGCGCUGGCCCUGGCAGGCCAGCGUGGCCCUGGGUGCCCGGCACACAUGCGGGGGCUCCGUGCUGGCCCCACACUGGGUGGUGACCGCGGCGCACUGUGUGCACAGUUUCAGGCUGUCCCGCCGGUCCAGCUGGCGGGUCCACGCGGGGCUGGUCAGCCACAGCACGGUCAGGCCGCACCAGGGGGCUGUGGUGGAGCGGAUCAUCGCCCACCCUCUGUACAGUGCCCAGAGCCACGACUACGACAUGGCCCUCCUGCAGCUCCGGACCCCGCUCCACUUCUCAGACACCGUGGGCGCCGUGUGCCUGCCGGCUGAAGAGCAGGAUUUUCCAAGGGGCUCGCAGUGCUGGGUGUCUGGCUGGGGCCACACUGACCCCAGCCACACCCACAGGUCGGACACGCUCCGGGACACGGUGGUGCCCCUGCUCAGCACCCAGCUCUGCAACAGCUCUUGCGUGUACAGCGGGGCCCUCACGCCCCGCAUGCUGUGUGCCGGCUACCUGGACCAGAGGGCCGACGCGUGCCAGGGGGACAGCGGGGGUCCCCUGGUGUGCCUGGACAAGGGCACGUGGCGCCUGGUGGGCGUGGUCAGCUGGGGCCGCGGCUGCGCAGAGCCCAACCACCCCGGCGUCUACGCCAAGGUUGCCGAAUUCCUGGACUGGAUCCAGGACACGGCGCAGGUGAGUCGGGGGGCAGGUGGGGCAGACCUUUUUGUGAAGGACCAGUAACCCUCGGAAACCGUGACCCUCAUCCCUCGGGCCUGGGCCCUGCUGGGAGCUGGGGAAUAUUCCCAGACUGGGAGAAGGAAGAAGUGAUGCUUAUAACGUUGAAUCCAUUCUAUUAAUUUAAGCAUUCACUAAGGAAGAGUUAACCUGAAUUUGUAGCCCAGAUUUUCCAUUUCCUGUGUGGCCUGUGGCAAAUUCCUACAGGAAUUUGGUAAACCUCAGUGUCCUGGUAGUAACCAUCGUGGCUACUGUAUAUGCCGUCAUAUGUGACGAUGACAUGAGUUAAGGCCUGCCCAGCGCCAGGCUUAGAGUGAGUGAUCCAGGUGUUAUUAUGUACUUACUUAUGACCAUUACUCAUCCCUGGUCGUGCCUGCUCUCCCUGCCCUAGGGAGAGAGCUCAGCAUCUAGCAGUUUGAGUUCAGCCACUGAUUCAUUCUGUGUGAUCCUGGGCCGGCCACUCCACUUCAUCCGUUCAGGGGAAGAGCCAAGUGAGAGAAUGUGUAUAAAAGCACGUGAUCUGUAUAAAGUACUUUACAAAUGCAGGGUGUGAUCGUGGGAAGCAUCCUUCUGCAAGGUUGGGCUCAGGGCAGGUGGUAGAUAAUAAACUGUAGAGUUUACAGGUGACCUAGGCAUCCACCUUCUCAUUCAAACCUUACAAAAAACCUAGAGAAGCAGAUAUUUUAGCCCCAUUGGAUAGAAGUGGAAAUGAAGGUUCUGAGUGGUUAAGUGAUUUAUUAAAAUGCUAGUUACUCGGCUAAGCGAGGGUGGAGCCGCUCUGUAGAUCAGCUCCUUUCUCUUUCAGCCCAGGACUCCCUCCCCUGGUCCUGUUGUUUCCUCAGUCUCAUUGCAUACCAGCCUCAUGUUUCCUGGGGUCUCUGGCAGGUCCACUAGAUGGAGGAGAAGCAGCAGCCCCGGAUGCAGAAGGUGUGGAUCUCUUAUCACUGCACAAGAGACAGUCACCACCCACUGGCCAGCCCCCAGGCCACAGGGCCUCUCCCCUCCAGCCCUGAUUUCCAGCCCCUCUAUCUCACCAGAGAGCCUCAAUGACAGGAGAGAAGCUGGGGUUGGGUUGGGAAGGUCGGGGAGCCGGGAGGUGGGGAGUGAGCAGCUGGAGAGGAAGAGGGUGCUGGCGGCCGGGAGCCUGCCCUUCUGCCCCCACCCCCACCCCAGCCCCUGUGCUCAUCUUUUGGGAGGAUGCUCAGGGAUGCCCUGGGCCUGCCUUCUCCCUGUGCUCUCAGGUGGGGGAAGUGCCUCCCUACAGACCCAGGCUGGGAAGCUCCUGGGCAGAUGGGGUCAAGGCUGGACCAGCCCAGGUGAAGCCCAUGGAGUCAGGAUCCGCCCCACUCUUCUGUCGAUCUCACCUACUUCCUGCUCUCACUUGGCUCUGACUGGCCCUGCUGGGGCGGGGGGCGGGGGGGGGGGGCAGGGGCACUGUAAGAACACUCUGCUUGGUGUUGGAACAGGGUGUAGGUUUUAAAUGACAGUUCUGUGAACUGGUCCAGGUCUUCUGGUAUUAAAGUGAAAUGAUAUAUGGCCUUGGUCCCGUCCUCCCCCCACCCCCCUUCUCUCUCUUUCUCUCACACCUACAUUAAGGGGUAGUAGAAUUACAAUUUUCCUCCCAUACAUGUUUCUUAAAGCUCUGGAACUGACUCCUGCUCAUAUAAUUCUGUACAUUUGUUAAAUCUACAUGUCAUGAUUGACAAUAGAAAGCCCCAGCCUUCCAGGUGCUCUGAUGCUGCAAGUCUGAGUGCCACUGAGUCAGUGCUCCCUCCGGGAGGGUCUGGCUUCCCCACGAGACCCAUCUCUCCUCAGCUCUUGUUUCAGGACUGGGCCUUCUGGCUCGGGAGAUGUCUUUCUGAGUUUCUGCCCAGUUAGCAUUUUCCUGGUUAAGCUUCUCCCCCACUCUCUCCUCUCCAGCGAUUAAAAUGCAAUUGGUAUCUUAUUUCUAAAAGCUGCAAUGAAUUUUUUAUGGUGCUUACCCAAGGAAAUGCAAUUAGCGUUUAGCAAUAACACAACUUUUUCGGGAGUUUAUCAGCAUUUUUUUGAGGGAUAGUACAAAUGAAUAUUCAUUCCUGGAGGGUCUGCUUCCUUUGCAAAGAAGUGCAUUAGAAAAAAAAGGGCCACAAUUUACUGUCGUUUAAAAACAGCUGGGGAAGUGGCUGCUGGGAGUCUGCUGCCCAACUGCAGAAGCAACGUGGGUGAGGCCCUGGCAGGUGGUGGGUAGUCUGACCCUGUGUUCUGAGAGCCCCGAGACAUCCAGCCUCCAUCCCGAGAUCAGCAUUUACUACCUGACUCUGGUGGGUCCCCACUUCAAGAGGCAGUUUCAGGGCUGCCUAUCUCCCUGGGCAGGGAAGAGUUACCAGCAAAUCCAUCAGCGAUGAUCUUUUUUGUGUUUCUGUUGUUGCCCAUAGGCGUUUGCUUAUUUAAAGGGAGCUUUUUAUUUACCACAGUCAUUAUGAUCUGUUAAUAACCAGUAACACUUGGAUACUAUUUUACGGUUUAUCAAUCCUGCUCACACGUGGUAUCCCAUUUAGAUCUCACACCAUCUAUGUGGUGAAGAUAUUAUUAUCAUGCCCAUUUCACAGGUGAGAAAAUUCAUUCAGAAAGCUGAAGUGACUUCCCCAGGACCAGCCCGCUAAUAAGCGCCAAAGCCAGGAUGGGAACUUCGAGUCUUUUCACGCCAAAUCCACAUCAUUGUUUUGCACACGGAUGAACGAGAUGGUCCAAUAUUGCACAGAAGUAUAGAAUGGGAAGGUUGUUUAGUCACCUGCCUACAGUAAGGCAUUGCCAUCCCUCUUUUUUAUAGGUGAGGUAACCAAAACCUGGGAAGAGGCUCCUGCCAGGGACCCUUCCUGGGCAACGUUCUUACAGAUUUCCAGUUCUGCAUGGUCUGACUUAAAGUGUUACAAAUGAGUAUUUUCCACAGGAGGACGAUAAAGAGAAUCCUAAUUAGAGAAUUUGCUAAUAACGACUCCCUGUUUACCUAUGGAAGGUCCUGGUAUCUUUCACCAGGCCACGAGUCAGAUCUACAGACUCAGAGGCUCUCACCUGCCCUUCCUGUAUUGGCAGCUACCAAUCCAGCCCUUAGGAAAGUGAGGAAAAGUGGGUGCCCUGGGCCGGCUGCUGGAGGGCAGGGCUGGAGAUGGGAGCAAAGAAGGGUGACAAGAUGCAGGUCCGGAAGGAUUUUAAUGAGGACCAGCUGGGUGCCCAGCUGUGUGACGCUCUGCAGGGAAUUCAGAGGCAGAGAAGCGGCUGCCUUAUUGGAGCCAUGAGACGUAUUUGCAAUAAAUUAUUAGCGGCCAGCCAGGCACGAGGCUGAGUGGUGCGGCAGUAAUUGCUAAGGGAGCUCCAAGGGCCUCUUGUUGACUAAGUCAGGGCAUUUCUGUGUGCAGGAAACCUGUCUCUCUCCCCAGGGGUUCAGCAUCCCAUCUGCCUGGGCAGGGCUUGCCAGCCUCCUGAGACUUCCCAGGAAGGUGGCUCCUGGCUGCCAGGCCCAGGGUAGAGCCCUUCUCUCAUCUACUCCUUCUCUGUGCUUUGGGGGUCUGGAGGGUACAGCGGGGUGCAGGCUCUCUCUCCUUGUUAGACUUUCCGUGGAGUCCUGCUUCUCCUAGGAGAGUUGCUGUGAACGAGGGGGCAGCUCUGUCAUUCCUCGGAAACAUUUCUCGGGCUGUUUCCUGCAUUUUAUUUUUGGAAGUGUUGGGUUCACCCACAAUAGGACGAAACUGGAAAUGCUGUAAAUGCUAGAGGGUGGUACAGUAGCUGUCAGGAGAUGGUUUUCCUGAGUCUCCCCACUGUUUUUCUCUCUUCUUCCUUCUCUGCCCUCUCCUGGCCAUGUACUUAGGACCCUCCUGGUUGCUCAAAAGAGAACCCACCUACACCUGCUCCCACUCUUGCGCCUCCCUCGUCAUCCUGGGUCUGGAUCCCUCCCCACCUCCCUACUAGACACACCAGAAUGUAUCUUUGUGUUUGCGUCACUGGGGCUCUGCUUCCUGCUAAACUCAUUGCAGCCCAGUAUGCUUAAUGGCCCUUUAAACCGUGUCUUAAAUACCUCCACCUCUAGGAAGGCUCCUUAUCGUAGGUAGGGAGCAGCUUCCUACUGAGAGGUGAAGCUGGCCUUUCUUACACAUUCUGAGGCCAGGAAAGGGAGAGGCAGAGCCUGCAGGCACCCUCUGCAGAUUUCCUGUGCCCUGGAGCCCCAGGGCCGAGCAGUGCAGGGAAAUCUGCUGGUGGGUUUUCUCCUGGGCUUGGUGCUGGGCUGGACCACGCUGGGGACUCAACAGAAUGGAGAGAGGAGUCCUGGCUCCAGAAGGCGUGAUCUGUCACUAAUGUGACAGGAAGGCGGGGGCUUUCACAGGCCUGGGCUUAUCUUCUGUGCAUCCUCCCUUCCAAGGAAUCUCUGGCUGUGGCAUCUGAUGGUGGACAGUCCCGUCUGGGUCUUUAACCACUGGAGAGUGCGCUGCCCUAAGCUAGUGACUCAGCCUUCUUGGAGUUUGGUCUCCCAUCUAUCAAAUAAGGGGUCUGGGUGAGGGCGUCUCCGUGGGAUCUGCCUUAUCAGGCCGCCUUUAACACAAACCCCUGCUGCCUCUGGAGACAUCUAUCUGCAACCCCCAACAUCCAGUCGGGACACCCAUGGAGAAGAGCUUGUUCCCUGGGACAGAUCUAAAGGAACAAGCUUGCUCUGCUGUGUCAGGCCCUCUCCAGGACAGCGCUCUGACUGCCCUCUGGGUCCUGGGAGGAUGAGGCACCAGGCAGAAGAUUUUAAAGCCAUCUUUCCCCGUGUCCCAUGUACACUGGUGAAGGUUCAAGGACAGGUUUUCUCAGGGGCUCCCCAGCUCACUUCCCAACACCCCAGGCUUUGGGUGGGGCCCCAUGGGUGCCAGCUCCCUAGAGACAGUGAGGGAAUUUCCUCCCUGCCCUGAAGUCUGCAGACACUUUUCUUCUGCCUACUUUCCCUUGACAGCUCCUGAGCUGCCCACAGGACCCCCUGCUCUCCAGCCUUUCCUCCUGCACGUGGCCCAGUAGUGAAGAAAGUUUUCCGCCCGCAGAACCAUUACCAGGCAGCUUGGGUCCAAGCUGUCCUCUGUCCCGAGCCAUGUGUCAGGCUCACAGAGGGUGGAGCCUUUCCCAUGGCCCCUCAGUUAGGGGAACCCCACCUUCCCGGAUUGCCCAGGACUGUCCCAGUUGUAACACCAAAAGUCCCGUGUCCCCAGAAACCCUGCAGUCCUGGGCAAACAAGACAGUGGGUCAUGCUAAGUCCAUCGCCUCUCUUCUGUAUAAAAGGCAAAAUCCAGCUCCCCUUGGCCUCCUCCAGUCCCCCUUUGGUCUGAUUGAGCUUAAAAGCAGCUUUCCCUGGUGGCCCAGAGUUGCAGGAGGAGAGGCUCCCAGGAAUUCUCAAGAUCUGGACUCUUUUGCAGAGAUGCUGCCUUGGUCCAGAGGCUGUUGGAGCGAGAGUCCCUCCUUCCACAGGGGCCGCAGCUGACCUGGCUGCCCAUCCUUCCCUUCGGUGGCUCCUCGGACGGCACCCAGGGCAGCCGCAACUCAUCUUGCCAUAUGUUUUGAGCAAGCUUCUCCUGGAAGCCAGGAAUACUGACCGCCCAGUUUCCCCAGGUCUCACUGAUUUCUGCUCCCCAGAGCGUGGUACAGGGCUCAGCAUGUGACAGGUGCUCGCUGAGCUCCCUCAGGAGGAGGGGAUGGCGGCGGGGGGCGGGGGGAGCUGCCACCCGCAUCAGAGCUGGGUCGGUCUCUUCUCCUGGCCUCUGCCUCCUGGAGGGGAUCAGAGAGGAGCAAAGAAGAGGCUGCCAGACUGCUAGAGUCCGUAGGGAUUUGGUGGGGUUUGUUUUUCCUCGGCACUGUCUGCAGACGCGAGGGCAUGAAUAAAAGAGUGAGGAAGAUUUACUGUUCCCACAGCUUGGCAGUAGCCCUGUAUUUGUACAGCGGAUCCGGGGGAGGAGAGGCGGGAGCAGGUGGGGAUGCUGUGGGGCUCGGAGAAAGUCAGACCCUUGUCAGUCUUUUUGCAAAGGCUGUGGGGUGCAAGUGAAGGUGAGGCUGGGAGGGGUCUACUUAGGCCAACUCUCCAACUACCAGGGGCCAGAGUGCCCCCUCCCCCCACUCUCCAGCCUUCCCCCUGCAGGAACCAAUGGCAGGCAGCUUGGGUCCUUGAAUCUCUAACCCCAGGGGCACAUACGUGCUGGGCCUGACAGGCAGUGCUGCCAGUGGGGACCCCGAAAGAAAGGGCCCCAGGCUGGGCUCGGCUGUCACUCAUGGCCCUGGUAAUGGACACAGUCAGCAAAUGACUUUUAUCACAGCCUAGCCUGGCCUGGGGCUGGGAUCCAGAACCUUUUAGCUGAAAGUAGCUGUGGACAGGAUCCAGUGUCGCCUCUGCACGUGUGUCCAAGGCUACACCACCCACCUCUCUCUUGAUGACAUCGUACUUCUCUUGGGGCCACCAAAAAUGGGCCACUCUUUGUACAAAGUCAGUUUUAAUGGGUCUGGUGGUGGGAGAGAGAAGAGAGGAAGGUCUGAGAGACGGGGGGUGGCCCCUGGGAGGGGAUGUCAUCCGUACUAUGUGUGUAUGGAUGCCUGUGUGCCUGUGUGUUUCUGUGUCUGUGUGUGUCUGGGUAUACGUCUGUGUAUUUGUAUGUG